CACCAGAAGUCCUUGGUCCUGAGAAGUAUGACAAAUCGUGUGACAUGUGGUCAUUGGGAGUCAUCACAUAUAUUCUCCUGUGUGGGUUCCCUCCAUUCUACUCAAACACUGGUCAAGCCAUUUCUCCAGGGAUGAAGAGGAGAAUUCGGAUGGGGCAAUAUGGAUUUCCCAAUCCAGAGUGGGCUGAAGUAUCAGAGGAAGCCAAACAACUGAUUCGCCACUUACUGAAGACUGACCCAACAGAGAGGAUGACAGUUUCUCAAUUUAUGAAUCACCCUUGGAUUAAUAGAUCAAUGGCAGUGCCACCAACUCCUCUUCAUACUGCACGGGUCCUGCAAGAGGAUAAAGACCACUGGGAUGAAGUUAAAGAGGAGAUGACCAGUGCUUUGGCUACCAUGAGGGUGGACUAUGAUCAGGUGAAAAUUAAAGACUUGAAAACAUCCAACAACCGCCUCCUGAACAAACGCCGUAAGAAGCAAAAGCAGGCAGGCACUUCUUCUGCAGCCCCAGGAUGCAAUAAUCAAUGAGAAGAGAAGCCAAGGACCUGUGGGUGGAGGGUAAAAGUUAAAUGGAACAAUUUAAAAUCAGUAUGAUCAACUCAGUCCAUACCACAAAUGCAGUGAGACCAUGAAGAAACUAUCCUGCAAAGAGGGAGCAGUGUGGAAGAUUACAUUUUUAUAACUUGAAUCAGGGCUUUGCUUUUAAAGGCUAAUGUAUAUGACAUGAUUCUGUUCUGUAUCACUAGGGAA